AUGCCCCGCUCAGCACUGCUAUGCUGCCUGGUCUUCCUGGCCACGGUGGGAGCCAGCCAGGUCCAGGGUGCCGGGUCUCAGAACAGCUGCACCUACCUACCAGACAACCUACCCCACAUGCUCCGGGAGCUCCGUGAAGCCUUCGACAGGGUGAAGACUUUCUUUCAAACGAAGGAUCAGCUGACUAACAUGCUGUUAAAUGGGUCCUUGCUGGAAGACUUUAAGGGUUACCUGGGUUGCCAAGCCUUGUCAGAGAUGAUCAAAUUUUACCUGGAGAUGGUGAUGCCGCAGGCAGAGAAUGAGGGCCCAGACAUCAAGGAGCAUGUGAACUCCUUGGGGGAUAAGCUGAAGGCCCUCCGGCUGAGGCUGCGGCGCUGUCAUCGAUUUCUCCCCUGUGAAAAUACGAGCCAAGCCGUGGAGCAGGUGAAGAGCACCUUUACUAAGCUCCAAAAGAAAGGUGUCUACAAGGCCAUGAGUGAGUUUGACAUCUUCAUCAACUACAUAGAAGCCUACAUGACAAUGAAGAAGGACAGCUAG